AUGUCCGAAGCCGUCCUCGCUCGUUGCGAAGCCUGGACUGCCAAGCAUGGCGACUUCAUGGACGAGUCUGGUCUCCAGGUGCUGCUGCAAGGGAUUUCGAGCUCGGAAGUGUCACUGCUUUACAAGGCCUUUGCUGGGUCCGAGGCCGAGAAACUGCCGCUUCUCCCUUUCGUGCAAUGGCUCUUCAAAGCACUCGUGGACACGCCGCCCGCAGCUCGAGCUCCCGAAGAGUCGGGAGUGCCCCUGCAGGAGUUCACAAGGCUGUUGACGGAACACAAAGCCUGGCUCUCCACAGCCACGUGGAACCCCCACACCGGCUGUGCCUGUCGGCCCAACAUGUACGACGUGGUAGAGACGAUCAUCAAGCCUCUUACCAAGGCACGUCUCGUGUCGUACGCAGAGCUCCUGGAGCCCUUGGCACCCCAGGUCUUUGUGAGCCACUGGUGGGGUGAGGAGUUCGUUUGUUUCGUGAGAGCUCUUCAGCUCUUUGCCGGCACCUGCAUGUCCCAAGCCUCCUCAGAUUUUACUGACGCCAGCAACACACCGGAGGCGAAUUCUGAUCCUGGAGCAAAUCUGGCCUUCUGGGUCUGUUCCUUCGCUAAUCGGCAAUGGGAGGUGAAUUUGGGAAGCACGUUACAAGAGAGCCCCUUUGAGCGAGCGCUUGCAGCCCCAUCCUGCACGCACGUGGUAAUGAUCAUGGAUCCGGAUGCCACUCCAUUGCAGCGCAUAUGGUGCCUCUACGAAGUGCUCCGUGCGCACGCCCUGAAGAAGAAAUUUCACAUCGCUACCGACAAUGGUGUGCUAACCUUCGGCAGCGAUGAGCCAUUCGGGCAACAGCGACAGGAUCUUUUAACUUUGACCAAGAGGGUUUUGGAGAUCGACCCGGCGACCGCAAAGGCCAGCCAGGAGCAGGACCGUUGUAUGAUCAUGGCGGAGGUGGACAAGGCCGUUGGCCUGGAGCAGUUCGGUCUGCACGUCAUGUCACUGCUAGCGUGGGCCUUCAGGAGGCGUGGUGGGGAGCAGCUUGCCAUGGAUGCUCCUGAGCUGAAGCCUCGCUUCUUUCGCCUCGUCCGGCUCGGUGAGAUGCUUGUCACCUUCGAGGGCAGGACUACGCUGCAUUGCGUGGCCCAAAGGAAGGAGCCACCUGAGGUGCGGCUGGCUCUGACAGCGGCAGCUGCGGAGGAUCUGGCGUGCUGCAACUCCUUGGGGCAGACUCCCCUCCAUGUCGCGGCCGCAUACAACAGGCAUGUGGACGUCAUCGAUCUCCUCAUCACUGCGCGGAUGGAUGUCAACGCUCGCGACCGGAAUGGCCUUACGCCCUGGAUGCUCUCAGCAGCGACAGGUCAUCACGAGGCCCUGGUCCGCUUGCUUGCGUGGGGUGCAGACCUGUCUUGCGACUUAGACCUAUGGCAGUUCGACAAGGUACCGUGGGAAGCCAAGACUAUUCCGAAUGGACUUUUCAUGGCGGCAUUCAGUGGCAGCUCCGAGUGCUGCCAAAUAUUCCUUAGCCGUGCUGCGAAGGUCCACGAGGUCAUGCUGAUUGCAGCAUGCAUCGGUGGAAAUGUUGCAGCAUUGCAGACCAUGCUGCCUCAUGCCGAGCACGUCAUCUCUCGCGGUGGCCCCUUUUCUCCGCUUUUCUCUGCAAGCUUCUGUGGCCAACUGGACUGUGUGGAUCUUCUACUCAGACACAAAGCCUUGCCAAACCAGACCUGCGAUGGCGGAAAGACUGCCUUCUUCGCUGCCAUGGCGUGCGGAUACGAAGACGUUGGCCGGCUUUUGCUUAGUUACCGUGCAGACCCUUGGAUAAGGACGGAGGCUGACGACACCGCUCUGUUAGUGGCGAGUGGGGGAGGGCACGAUGGCUGUGUGCGGAUGAUGCUGUCUCUGCGAGCAAACCUGCACCAAACCUGCGGCGAAGCAGAAGGCAAAGUGCUCCAUGUCGCGGCAGAGUGGGGGCGCGAGCAGACUGUGAGGCUCCUGGUGGAGAGCCGAGCAGAUCCAAAGGCAGUAGACAAGAAACAAAGGACUCCUCUGCACAAGGCGGCUGACCACGGCUACGUGGAAAUUCUUGCAGCCUUGCUCGAGCUAAACGCAGAUCCUCGAGCCGUCGAUAGUGCAGGCGACACUGCACUUGAUGUGGCCAGAUUCGAGGGCAUGGAAGAAGCUGCAGACUAUUUGAGGGAAGUGAUGCAUCCACGCCAAGUUACGGACAUCUCUCGGAGGCUCUAG